AUGGCCCUCGGAAACCCCGUCGCGGACACACGAGGCAUCGUGCUGCCGUCCCGGUACGAAAUACGGCAGAUCUCACCGGCCGUCGCCGACUGGGUCUUGGCGCUCAAUUGGUACACACAGAUAUGCGGUUCAGAGGUCCUGAGCGGCGUCCACUCUGGAGAGCUGGGAAAGGCGACGCUGACGGCCUACCGGUCUCUGAGGGAGUCGAACCGCCACAAGGACAUGCCGCCGUCCAACGGUCUGUCGUACAUGCUCGUCGACAAAGAGUACGUCUUCAAGCGGCCCGAGUCAGAGGCUGCGGGGGGCGGCCUGUACUGGGACGAGAUGGACGCCGAGGACCCGGCGCUGGCCGACGAUCAAGUGGCCAAGCGGAGGCUGCUCGAGGGAAUGGACUUCCCCAUCGUCUCGCUGUCGCAGUGGUACGACGCCGGCGCCGAGGGCGAUCCGGCCAUCUGGGCGCUGAGGAGGCGGGUUGCGCCCGUGUACUGCCUCACCAGCGACAUGCUGGACGAGAGGGACACGUCGACCUUGGAGGCGGAGGUGACGGGCCCGGGACAGGUGCUGCUAGACAAAGGCACGUCCACGCUGGAGGGACACGAGGGCAAGGGGCUGAUGAAGGCGCUCGCGCACUUCGUCAUGAGGGAGAUGAAGGCCAGGGGGUUCCGGGGCAUCAUGGUCACUUGUCUGUCUCCGCAGGUGCAUCACGUCUUCGGAAGCCCGCCAGGACCGCUUAGGGGCCUCACGCUCGUGGAGAUGACGCUUUGGGACUACGAGAAGAGGGACGAGAAAGGACAGGUGUAUAGGCCGCUGGCCAAGUCCAAAGUGAACAAGGGUUGGAAGGUGUGGACGGAGCUCGCGGACGAGGCAUCGGUUGCUGCAUAA